UUUUUUUGAUCGCUGGGGUCUGGCAACCCUGGUCAGACGGUAGUACGUUCUCACCCAAGAUGUAAUUAAUACAGAGCAGCUACACUAAAAUGAUACGGUCUUUAAUAAUACGUGAUGAUUGAGGCGGCAUGUAGCAGUGUAAACAAACAAUUGAAAAAUUUCUAGGAUAAAGUGUAAAUGCAUGUCGCCGUUCCAUGCUUGGAAAUAGAAAAUAUAGGGUAUCUAGUGAUUAUCAUGAUACUGUAGUAUCGACUAAAACGUCCACACAAAAAUCGAUUGUGUAUGUUCUCAAAUAUCAGAAUAGUAAGUUUUGUAUACCAAGCCCUAUUAUAAUGAGAGCAUCUUAAUUCCGUUUGAACCUAUUUUCAUGCUUGUGUGCUGUUAUUUGCCCAAAAUUCUUCCAUUUUCGCAUACCAGUUUGCCAUCCUAGUCCUGCAAUUAAAAAUUCGCUAUUACUGUUAUCUGUUGUUUGUUUCUUGAUGUCACUAAGUCUGUGAUUUCAGACGUUUCGGCCAACACAGUCUCAAGUGCGGAGACUGGAGAUACAUUUAUUAAUGAUACUGGGAUAGAAUGCAAUAGAAGAGGAUGGUUACAUGCCUUGAUUGAAUAUUUUUGAAUUUUGUUAAUGAAAGUAACGUAUUUAGUCAUGAUUUUGAUAUUAAAAUUGCACAUACAGCCCAUCACACUGUCACAUCUAUGAUUUAACUAACAGUAUAUCCCACUCACAGACUCACCAGGCCAUGCUGCCAUGUCUUUGAUCUAUAUGUCUCUGUUGGUGUUUCUUUUGUUGUAAUAUUAAAAUAUUGCAAAAGUAUUUCGGCCACUUCAGUUCAAUUACUGAAUUAUAACGUAUAUUCCAAUAUUUGGAUGUUGUUAUACUUAAACAAUUCCCCAUGCUGUAAGUUGCUGAUGCAUACACAUUUUUUUAGUAAUUUUCUGUUUUUGAAUGAUAAGAUAAGGUUACUGGAUCAAUUAUGUUACUGGAGCAUUGGGGAAAAUUCUAGAACUACUAGAGGGGACCAGAUCGAUGAUAAUUCAGUAAUUUCUCCGAUGAUUUUGAACAUUCAAAAAUCAUUCAAUCAAAAUGCUGAAAUGUCAUGAUUCCCAUUUAAUUUAAUUUGCUAAUUUGUGCAUAACCUAUAUUCUUCUCAAUAGAUCUAAUCUAGUAGUCUAAUAUUGUAUAUUCUAAAUGCAUCAAGUCUCUACUUUUCAAUUUGUUCAUUUUUCCUAUAGAGUAUAUGUACUGAUCAAGCAUGGCAACUACAAUGAUUGUAGUUGGACUUGGAAUUGCUGGUAGUGCUUUGUUAGCUCGAGCAGCUGUCCGCAUGGCGGGACCUGCGGCACGUCAGAUGGAUGAAACACUGAAAACUCUCGGAAAAUUUGAUUUUGAAAAUUACAAAUAUUAUAGAGGUGGUUUUGAAACUAAAAUGACAAAAAGGGAAGCUGCUUUAAUUUUAGGAAUUGGGCAGUCUAGCAACAGAAACAGAGUACGAGAAUGUCACAGAAGGAUUAUGCUUUUGAAUCAUCCUGAUAAAGGAGGAUCUCCUUAUCUUGCCGCCAAAAUCAAUCAAGCAAAGGACAUGUUGGAUCAUGGAUUGAAAAAAUAAAACAAAUUUGAACAAAUGAUUAAAUUGUAACACUGUGAAUUGUUUGAGUUAGCCAUGGAACAGAAUAAGAGAACUUAAUUUAAAACGGUAACUUAACUUAAAAAGGUUUCAUGGCAAUGCCUCGUGUACAUACGGUAGAUAAAUAGGCAUGUUUCAUCAAUGGAUCAUAACCAUGUUUCAGGUUUAUUGAUUACGGUUACAUAUUGUUAAUAGCAAUAUUUCAAAUUUGUCAGCCUAGGUUUGGUAUUCACGUCCAUCUGAUGAAGGUUUAACUUGAUUUGCUAUAAAAUUUAACAACACUCAAGAUAUUUAUGUUUCUUGUUUCACUUUCUCAAUUUGAUUAAUUCUUCGUUGAUUAAAAUUGUUUGUCCGUAAUAUUUACUAAUUCAGGGUAUGUUAGAAAUUAAAUAGGUGAAAAUAUUUUUUAGAAGCUAGCCAGAGAAUGUAUUUAUUAGGUUUCAUCCAUUUGAUCACAUAAUAAAAUUACUUAAUAAUUCUAUUUCGUACUUCCUGAAUUUUUUGAGGUGAUCACUCUAAAUAAAUCCAAAGAUGUUAGUUUUUAAAAAGAUUUUUAAGAGAUUUUUGGCUUAAUAAAAUAGCCUAGCAAAGGUUGAAGUAGGAAUGGACUAAUGUGCGAAGGAAGAUAUCUUUAUUGUUGGUGCCUAUUGUCAACCAUUAAGUCAUCAGAAGUUGCCCAUGAUUUAUGAAAGUUCCUUUAAAAGGAACUCCAGUAUUGAAAAUAGUCUGCUGAUUCAAACAACAAAUUUAUAAGGAUGCUGGAAAAUGUUCACUAUAUUAAAAAUAUAAAAUUGUUAUUGGUGAAAAUCAUAAGAGCAUCACACCAAAUUCUAUUUGCUAUGAUUAUGAACCUUGCUUGAAAGUAUGCACAAAGUUUAUAGCCACCAUGUCUGUUUUUGAUGUGUUUUGCAAAAUAUACUAUUUCUAAACGUGA